AAGCGUCGCAAAAAUGAGCUGGAUAGUUUAAAGGCUUGGACUGUCAAGUAUCCGGGCAACGCGGAAGCAGCUGCUGCAGCGGCAGGGGCUGCCGGAGAAAAGCUGGAUGAGAGGACCUGGGACGAUGCUAUUGGUUCAUACAGUCAGGCGCUUGGUGAGCAGGCCAAGCGACGAAAGCGUAUCGCCCGUUUGUCGGGAAAUCAGGAUCCUGCCUUCGUCUUUGAGAACGAUGAGGAUUAUCCUAAGUAA